GGCGCCGCUGUUGCCAGGGCGUGUGCGCGAUGCGCCCGGCAAGCCCCCCGCGAAAGCCACCAGGGCCGGCGCGGCAGGCCCGGAUUCGCCUUUUUUCAAGCGGGGGCCCCCUUUGGCCCAAACGCCCCCGCCCCCCUCUAAUGAUAACGCGCCCCGCCCGCAUACGAAGCCGCCCUUUAAAGCGGCCCCCGGGCCGUUUAAUCUUGUGGGGGGCUUGCCGGAGGCGCUGUUAAAUAGCCUUUCGGGCCGUUGUUUCCCGGCCCCUCGCGCUGGGGGGCCGGAUCCCGAGGCCAUGCCGGCCCUGGGUUUGCCGAGGGGAUUUUUUAACGUGCUAUUUUCAUAA